GUCGCCAGCCACACCCGGUCAGGACUCACUCUCGAGACAGUCACUGGAAAAUGAAGGGCCUCGCCGCACUCGUCGCGCUCGCUACCGUCGUCGCCAUCCCGGCCAACGCCGUCGCGGUCUGGGGCCAAUGCGGAGGCAUCGGCUUCAGCGGAUCGACCACAUGCGAUGCCGGCACCGCAUGCAUCGUGCUCAACUCUUACUACUCGCAGUGCCAGCCGUCCGCCGGCGCGCCCGCGCCCACGACGUCUGCGCCUCAGCCGCCCCCGACCACUCCGGCUGGUGGCUCGCCGGCGCCCGCGGCGACUGGACUCAACGCUGCGUUCAAGAAGCACGGCAAGAAGUUCUGGGGUACCGCGUCGGACUCGAACCGCUUCAGCAACCCGACGGACUCCGCGGUGACGGUCCGCGAGUUCGGCCAGGUCACGCCUGAGAACUCCAUGAAGUGGGACGCGACUGAGCCCUCUCGCAACCAGUUCUCGUUCAGCGGCUCUGACGCACUCGUCAACUUUGCUACGACGAACGGCCUCCUCGUCCGCGCCCACACCCUCGUCUGGCACUCGCAGCUCCCAUCCUGGGUCUCCGCGAUCAACGACCGCGCGACGCUCACCUCCGUCAUCCAGAACCACAUCGCGAACGUCGCGGGCCGGUACAAGGGCAAGGUGUACUCCUGGGAUGUCGUGAACGAGAUCUUCAACGAGGACGGCACGUUCCGCUCGUCGGUGUUCUCGAACGUCCUCGGCCAGGACUUCGUCACGAUCGCCUUCCAGGCGGCACGGGCGGCGGACCCGAACGCGAAGCUCUACAUCAACGACUACAACCUCGACACCGUGAACCCGAAGCUGAACGGUGUUGUCAACCUCGUCAAGAAGAUCAACGGCGGCGGCACCAAGCUGAUCGACGGUAUUGGUACUCAGGCUCACCUUUCUGCUGGCGGUGCUGGCGGAUUCCAGGCCGCGCUCACGCAGUUAGCUACCGCGGGCACGGAGAUCGCCAUUACGGAACUCGAUAUUGCGGGCGCCGCCCCCAAUGACUACUCGACGCUGGUAAAGGCAUGUCUCGCGGUGGAGAGCUGCGUGUCCAUUACGAGCUGGGGUGUCCGCGACCCCGACUCCUGGAGGGCGUCCACAAACCCCCUCUUGUUCGACGCGAACUUCAACCCGAAGCCCGCGUACACCGCCGUCAUGCAGGCGUUGGCUUGAGAGGUGCACUCUUGGUCGUGUACAUGACAGGUAUCGUCUUCACGCGAUGUAUACUAGUGGGCUUCGUUUUUGUUGGUAUGCUUCGAUUGUAUCCUUGCACUCACACACCUUGUGGGGAUGAACAUAGCACGGCAUCGUAUUCAUGCGCAGCACAGAUAGAUUCAUAUCGUACACUGAUGGGAAGAGGACAACUGGAGAAGUCAAGGAGAAGUAGAACGGGGAGAGGUAGUUAUCGGCGUAACCGUGACAGCAGCGGAUCCCUCCGCGAGACGAAGAAUCACCUCCUUCAGAGCGCCCAUCAUUGUCACCAAUUGAGCAAUGUUCUCUU